GAAGCUGGACCAACCCAGCAGAAUCUUAUACCACACACCAACAAAAAAGAUGUUAUUUCCUAUCGAUUCCGCUAUUGAAUUGUUUACAAUAGUUUAAGGUUUAGAUUUUGAUAUAUAUAUAUAUAUAUAUAUAUAUAUAUAUAUAUAUAUAUAUAUAUAUAUAUAUAUAUAUAUAUAUAUGCAUUGUUUCUCACGUCAAGAGAAACAAAUAUUGGAUAUGUUUUUGCUACGCUUUGUUAGACAUUUUUAUAUUUAUUCUGAUAGUUUUCUUUUCGAUCAUAAAUAACUAAGUGAUUGAGUUAUUAAAUAGACAAACCAUGAAUGACUAUUUAAGAGUUUUUAUAAUCAAUUAAUUUAAAAGAAUACGAUACACCAAGGUUGUCAAACCGGUUUAUACCGUUGUGCCAGUUUGGCAAGUGUAAUGAUACGACCAUAACCAGUUUGUGCCGGUUCAUGCCGGUUUAAAAAAAUGUGAAAACAAUUAAUAUCCAAUGUAUUUAAACAUAUUUGUGGACAAUUGAGUUACAAUCCAACAAAUAUCAUCAACUUUUAACUAUUACAUUCAUAAAAUGAAUAAUAAAUUAAUUUUUGUAUUCAUUAAAUUCAUUGAAAUGAUGUCAUUUUACUUAGAAUACGUAAAUCGAUUACCGGGCACACCGGUAGUGUCAUGCCAGUUUCAUGACCGGUACAAGUUGAACCAGGUUCAACCGGGUGACAUGCCGAUGCCGGUGGCAUGACAACCAUGCGAUACACAUUGUUACGUUGCGUUCAAACAACAUUUCAAUUUACGAGUUAGCUACUAAAAGCAGUCCGAGUCUCAGAGAGGAGAAAGGAAAAACUAUUCCAACAAAGACCGCUACGAGGCGCACAAUUAAUCUGACCGUCAAAGACCGGUCAAACCAAAACCCCAUCAAAGAUAAAAAGGGGGGAAGAAGAAACCUCACCCCGAAUAUUCCGCGUCCCGCGCUCCGUGAUCCGUGAGCGUGAAGACCACUCUCUCUUCUGCAAAGCCCUCCACCGUCCGAUCUCUCCCAUAUCCCUCCCAACCAAACUCAAUCGACGGCCAUAUCUCGCCGUUUGACUGGGAAGCGACCAAAGUAUUGGGGAGGAGGGGAAAAAGCACCUCUGAAGAAAUGAUUGGCCGGGGUUGGAGGUUUGACCAGACCAACCACGAAGAAAAAGAAGGCAAAUCAAAUUCUCUAUGAAACGAUAUGGGAGAUUAGAAAAUAGGAAGUGCUAAAUAAGAGCAGAGAGAGAGAGAGAGAGGGAGAGAGAUUGUUGUUGAAUGUCAUUUCAGGCAGCGUAGAUAGAGAGAGAGAGAGGAAACGCCCGAAGCUGGAAGCCUGAGAAAAUUUCCCCCAAAUUCCAUCAUAUUGGAGGUUUUUAGGGAUUGGCCCCCUAUCAGCCUUCGUUCUCCCGAAAGCUUCCCUCCUCCUUUCUCUCUCGCGUGCUGCUCUGUUCAAUCGCGGAGGAGAGAGGAGGUUUCCCAUUUCCCGCUCCCCACAUUCCAUUUUCGAGAGAGAGAGAGAUCGGUGGUUGUUGUUUCUGUAUGAUAUGAAUUGGGGGAUUCUAGAGAGGAAACUUAUUGUUGUGCGUUAGGGGUUUUCGCAUCUCUGCUGGGUAAAACAAGAGGAGUGAAUUGUAAGGAAAAAAGAAGAGGGCAAGCAACCAUGAAUGUGAUGCGUCGUUUGAAGAGCAUUGCCUCUGGUCGUACCUCCGUCUCGUCUGAUCCCGGCGCGGAUCCUGGGACUAAGAGGGCCAAGGUGGACCAAGAAAUUGAGCAGAAGAGCCAUAAUGAGGCGCAUCUAGUUGAAAGGAAUGCCACUGGGCUGGAGCAGAAAGCAGCUUCAGCAUCUCUUAAUGCUCCAGUUGGUACAUCUCAGCCAUCUUCCAAGACCAAAAAAGAAAAUAACGGAUAUGAACAGCUUCCCCAUGAAAUGCACCAAAUGAAGAUCCGAGAUGAUAAGGCUGCGAAUACCGACGACAAGGAAAUGGGGGCUGCUGUUGUGAGUGGUAAUGGGACUGAAACUGGUCAGAUAAUUGCAACCACGAUUGGUGGCCGCAAUGGACAGCCAAAGCAGACAAUUUCAUACAUGGCAGAACGUGUGGUUGGUACAGGCUCUUUUGGUGUGGUUUAUCAGGCCAAAUGCCUUGAAACUGGUGAAUCAGUUGCUAUAAAGAAAGUGCUUCAGGAUAAGAGAUACAAGAACAGAGAGCUUCAGAUCAUGCGCCUUCUCGAUCAUCCCAAUGUUGUCCAGAUCAAGCAUUGUUUCUUUUCAACUACUGAUAAAGAAGAAGUAUACCUUAAUCUUGUUUUGGAGUAUAUAGCUGAGACAGUCCACCGAGUGUCGAGGCACUACAGUAGAAUGAACCAUCAACACAUGCCUAUCAUAUAUGUGCAACUUUACACUUAUCAGAUAUGCCGUGCUCUAAAUUAUUUACAUAAUGUUGUCGGAGUAUGCCAUCGUGACAUUAAGCCUCAGAAUCUAUUGGUCAAUCCCAAUACUCAUCAACUAAAGAUAUGUGACUUUGGUAGUGCGAAGAAGCUGGUCCCGGGUGAACCCAACAUAUCCUAUAUAUGCUCAAGGUAUUAUAGGGCUCCCGAGCUUAUAUUUGGGGCCACCGAGUAUACCACUGCCAUUGACAUGUGGUCUGCUGGAUGUGUAUUGGCUGAGCUUCUCCUUGGACAGCCAAUGUUUCCCGGAGAAAGUGGCGUCGAUCAGUUGGUGGAGAUUAUUAAGGUUUUGGGGACACCAACCAGGGAAGAAAUUAGGUGCAUGAAUCCAAAUUAUACAGAAUUCAAGUUCCCCCAAAUUAAAGCUCACCCAUGGCACAAGAUCUUUCACAAGAGAAUGCCCAAUGAAGCAGUGGAUCUGGUGGCAAGGCUGCUCCAAUACUCGCCGAAUCUACGUUUUACUGCUUUGGAAGCGUGUGCUCACCCUUUCUUCGACGAUUUGAGAGACCCAAGUGCAUGCUUGCCUAAUGGUAGAGCUCUACCUCCUUUGUUCAAUUUUACAGCUCAAGAAUUGGCGGGUACCUCAACUGAACUUCGCGAACGACUCAUUCCGGAGCAUGCAAGAAAAGACUAAUGAACAAAAUGCUAAAGAAAAAGCGGGCAUAACUAGUCUUCAAAAUUCCUUUUGACUUAUCAUCACAGAUAAUCCGAGAUCGUUACUUGUCAGGUUAAGAUAGAAGGAAAGAUGAAAGUUUGAUGAGGAAAGGAUAGAGACAGGAAGAGGAUGGAGAAGCUGAUGAUUAUUUGAUAGAUGUUGUUGAUUGUGUUCUUUGAUGGUGUGGCUGUAAAUGAUAUGGAACUAACUACUUCUACUGAGGCGAGGCAGGCAGGCAGACAGACGAGGCUCUAAUUGACUGCGCUCCAGAGUUGCCCACGAAUUGAUCAAAUUACUUUAGGGAAAUCGUGUGAUGGACUAAUGGCUCAUUUUUCCACAUUUUUUUUUAAUGUUCUGAUAUAUGAUUUAUGGGUAUAUUUCGUUACGACCAAACUAUAUUGGUCGUGUUAGAUGGAUUAGGAUUUGUUUGCUGAUGUACACCUUUUUCCCCAAGUAUCGGUGUUACAAUGAAAAUUCAGAUUGUUUCAGAAAAUCAAGCUCCUUCAAGUUGUGUCACUCUCAUUUUCUGCAUUCCCUUCUUUUUCUGUGGUUUGCUCAAAUUGCGAAUUGUCAAAUAUUCGGUUAUACUCUUGAAGCUGUCUGCCACAAAGCAAGAACCCGAAGCAAGGUUGUCAACCCGCGGGUUGACCCGGACCCGGUUGAGCUAGUGGGUCAAGGGUUAAUGAGUCACCCGUUUUAGCCCGCUUUAGCCCGGAAAUAUGGAAAGCGUCAUAUAUUGUACUUAUCGUGAUAAAUUAUAUCAAAUCUCAUCUAACAUAUGAGUUAUAACAUAUAAUAUUACACCAAAAUAACAUUUCGUACUUAGAUUCAACAUAUAGUGAAAAUUCACACACACUUAUAUAACAUUAAUAUUCAAAUGUUCAACUUAGGAUUCCAAAGAUUGAGUUAGGCGAAAAGAAAAAUCGGAAAAUAGGCGCAUUUCGCAAAACAAAGAAAAAAAUGACACAAUUUGACCUCCAACCCAGUACCUUGUGGCGGUCGACCCGGCGAGUGCGUGCGGCCCGUUUUUCUCAUCGGGUCAGAGUCAAAGUGGGCGACCCGCGGGUUGACAAGCUUGGCAGAAUCCAAAAAGAAUAGCUAUGCACUCUUAUCUUCUUCUUUCUAUGUGUCAAGGGGAAAACGAGCCCUGUACUGCUCAUUAUCCAGCUGGGAAAGAAUCUAUGAGCUAGCUAGGCAAAUGGUGGAGAAAGCAAAGUAUAAUUAUUUUUCUUUCGUUUACUUGCUUCUGAAGUUAUGUUACAUUUGCAAGUUGUGAACAUGUCUCUCAGCUAUAAAGUUAAUCAAUAAUGAUUUUGAAAUUAAAAGAGCUAUCAAUUUAUGAAUCAUUGUUCAAUUGUAUUGCACUGAAAAAGAUUUUAGUCGAAAAAUAAGCAGUAAAGUUUAUUUUACAAAUCUUUCAGAAUGUGACAAAUCCGUUGUGUCUCAAUUUGAAAGUCAUAAAAAUUAUGUACCUCAUCAAUAAAUUUUAAUUAAUUAAUAAUAUUAAUUUUUAACUUAAUCCUGGAUUCGUCGUUGUGCCCAUUGGUGUGAUGUCCCGCUCCUAAUUAGUAUUAAAGUUGUGUGCAUAUACGUAUUUUUGUUUGCCUAGCCCUGUAUCGAUGUGACAUUGUGAUACCUUAGCAUGAUUCACACUUAGCAUAUACUGUAGGGAGAUUUAACCUAGACAGGAGUCCCUAUUCGAGUUGUCAUAUCUCGCCCGAUUUAAGCUGGACAUGAACCCCAAGUUUUGAUUAGGCAAUGCUCUAAAUGAACUCUUAGGAUGUAU